GCCUGAGGAAUCCAGUUCCCACCUGAUUAAAUAAUUGAAUAGGAGCUGAAAGUGAUGAAGAUAGAUCUAAGGAUAUGGGCUUUAUUCCUUCUCAUUACUGGUGUUUCUACUCAAAACACCUCAGUGUCUGUGUCAUGUGGAAGUUCACACCUAACAAUUGCUGUGCCAGUGGCUCUCUUUGGUUCUGGCGUGGUGGUUGAUGCUGAUGAACUGACCCUCGGAACUGGCUGUGCGGUGACUGCUGUGCACACAAAUGUACUACUGCUGGAAUACCCUCUCUUUGCAUGCGGGGCCACAAGAAAAAUUCUGCCAGAUAGCAUUCACUAUAGAAAUAUUCUCCACUAUGUACCUUCAGCUGCAAAUGGGGUGAUCCGGUCCAGUGGCUUCUCUCAUCCCAUAGACUGUUUCUACCCCAGGUCGUGGAAUGUCUCUUCACUUGGACUUAAGCCCACUUGGGUCCCCUUCACUUCCACUGUGGUGGACAGACAGCGCUUGGACUUUGCCCUGGAAGUCUAUGACAGUUCCUGGUCGCUACCCAUGCCUGACCCUGUUUACUACCUUGGGGAUCAAAUCAACAUCCAAGCAUCUGUUAAAAAGGGGAGCCAUGUGCCUCUGAAGGUCUAUGUGGAUGAAUGUGUGGCCCGUCCCAGUGCAGAGUCCUCUGUGAAAUAUGAAGUCAUCACAAACCAUGGGUGCUUUGUGGAUGGACAGCAAAGUAGCUCCCGCUUCCUUGCCACACGAGUAGAUGGGAUCCUCCGCUUUCAGCUAGACACCUUCACUUUCACUGGGGUCUCCAAUAACCAGAUUUACCUCAUAUGUCACUUGAAGGCCGUGUCCACCAGUGCUACAAACCAUCUCAACAAGGCAUGCUCCUAUGAUCGGUCAACUGCAACUUGGAGCUCGCAUGAAGGAGCAGAUUGUUCCUGUUGUGCAUCUCGUAGUGGCUGUAAUGGCAGGAGGAGGAGGAGGAGAAAGAGGGGGCACCACGAGAAGAAAGGGCUGUUUGGAGAAACAGAUAUCAAGCUUGGUCCAAUUGAACUGAAAACAGAGCAGGUGAACUCCUCCAUGCUGAAUGCCUCCAGUACCUCUGAACAUGAUCCUUUUGUGGCUACUUCUGUGACAUCUAAGACACCGCGUGAUGCCAGGAUAUCAGCUAACCAAGUAGUGAAUAUUAUCAUGAGAGAAGGAGUGAAGGAAGACUCAUCUGGUAUCAAUCUCCCUUUUUCCACUGCCACCCUGGUGAUAAUUGUUGCUUCUUUGGUCAUUGUCCUGGUCUCUGUCUUGGGCUGUUACUGCUCCUCCAAGCGCUCCCACAGAGGAUACCACAUGGGUGCUGCCCGUGCCCCCCUGGGGCAACCAGGUGCUGUUCCGAUGGCACCAGCAGCUGUUGGCUCAUCUGGGUCUGCAGUUUCUGGGGAAUCCAGUACUGCCUCCAAGAAACCUGAUGGGGCAUCCUUGCAGUGAGUGGACAACUUACUGUCUAAACUGCAAUUAUUUAGCAAAUAAAGAUUUAGCUGUGCAAGAAACACAA